UAAAUGUCACUUGAUUAAUGUCAACAUGGCUGAUGCUGCAGCAGCUCGUCGCGAAGCUCGCAGAAGAAGAAUAUUAGAAAAUUCUCAUAAUAGGCUCCAACUAAUAUCUGGAAAAUGUGGCGACGAGCAACCUAGAGAAUCUCCGGUCAGAAACACAAUUCCUGAUCCAAUUCACGAGAUUUCGCAUUCCUCAAACAUAAGCAGUAGCAAGACGUCACUGAAUAAUGGUGUGAUUGUCUCCGAACCAGAUUCAUUUGAGUUGUUAACAUCACUCAAUCAUGACAUCGCGGCAGGCGAUGGAGAGGUACCCAGUGAUUUGGCACCUUUUGUAUCACCGGCACCAGAGCCAGCGCCAACACCAUCACCCUGGGAGAAACUCACUAAUUACAAAUACGAUAUAGUAUUGUUGUCACUUUUAAUUCAAUUACUGUACAGUUUGUCAUUGGUCACAUUUGAUGGUACUUACUUUUUCUUACCAGUACUAAUUUAUGUCAUUACAAAAUUAAUCUGGUUUCCGUCACAAAGUAAUUCUAAACUUGCCAAUGCCUUGCAACUUUUACAUGUUGUGUCUUCACCCCGAGUAAAGAAAGUUAUAUAUUUGACCCAAUGUAUGGGUGUAAUAUCAUGUGACAUUUGUGUGUAUCUGUUUACUACAAUUUGCAUACAAUCAUUAUUCAUCACCUUGAGGGAUGGAUUAAUUACAUAGUAAUUACUUCAUUUGCACCCAUAUUGAGGGCAUUACAUUGACUGAGCAGUAAUUUAACAAUAGCAGGCUAGAUUAAACUGGGGUAAGGUUCAAAAUUCAAUGUGGGUGUCAUUAUAAAUUUCUAAUCUUUGUGUACUGAACCACUAAUGUUGAAUUUUGAAGGCGCUCCAUAAUGUUCCAUAGUUUUGAUUGCUUGUGCCUUUUUACAUAAGUGAGAAGUUGUGACAUGUGUGCGUUUUAGUCACAUAUUGCCAUUUUUAGUUUUAAAUUAGAAUCAAUUUUGUAUAUAGCGGUGUCAACAGAAAUUCUAGUUAUUUUCAUGUAAUCUAAUUAUUGCUGGACACAAUUAAUUGUUAUGUAAUAUCACUAUUUAUAUUAAUUUUUUGCAUUUAAAUUGUAUUUAUUUCAGAAUUGAGAGAGUUACAAAUAUACUUGUGGAUAUGAAAUAAUACAAAUUAUAUUCAAUAGUAUGCCAAAUUAGUAAACUAUUUUCAUGCUUUAUACUUGUAAUGAUAUGGUAUUUUGAUAAAGGAAUUUAGUCCUUAUGGAUUAUUAAGGCCUGUGUAACCAAUUUUAUGGCCUGGACAUAUUUUAUAUUAUUCAAAUUUGAUACUGUAUCUAAUGUUGUUAAAUUAAAACUAUACUAACCACAUACAAAUAUGGCAGUCUGUGACUUGUAGAUUAUUUUUGUAGAUAAUUUUGUUUGUAAUUGGUUUUUUGUUAAAUAAUUUUAACCUUUUCUAUCUAAACACUGCCUUAAUCUUUGUACACUUGUAUUGUUAUCUAACAAUUUACUAACAAAAUACAAGCAUGCUGCUCCAAACUUACCUAAUAUUAUAUAACUGAUGUAUUGAACCUCAACAACAGAUAGGUACUUCCUAAGACCUGAAUGUCCUAAAUUGUCCCAUUACAUUUAACUAAUAAUAAAAACUCUUUGGUAAAGGAAUAGGUAUACUCUACAAUUCAGAAUUAAGCUGGUAUGGUACCAAAGAUCUAAAUGCUGUUAUGUUGCCCACCAUAUUGUUAUAAUUUAAAACACAGUUUAAUGUAGAGGGAGUUCUUGACAGGCUGUAAAUAAAAUGCUGUACAUAGUAGACUGAUGUUAACAAUAUUUUUGUGAAUAGUCACUUUAUGGUCAAUUCGUUUUCUUGAUGUCUUCCUUCAUAGUUACCUUUGUGAGUACCGCAUGACAUUGUUAUUCAAAUAAUUUCACUUUUGUCGUAACAAAAUACAAAAAUGUGAUACUUUUAUGCAUGCAAAUAAUGCUUGAAUAUGUAAUUCUGUUCAGUUGAAUAAUUUAGUGUAUCAGCUUAAUUCAUAUUGUAAAUAAAGGUCAUACAACUAUAAAUGAAAUGAUAAAAGUUUAUUUUAAUUAUAUUUUGUAACAUCUUUGAAAUAAAAAACGGUUAUGAAUGGUAUUAUGUGUUUCUGUUUCCUUGUUUUUCUGUAAAGGGCUGGGUGUGUACUGGAAUAAAAGGCCAUUUGAUUAUGUUUGAGAAUAAAAAAUUGUCCUAGAACACUACCAACUUACCAAGUACAUUAUGUAUU